AUGGGCGUUUCCUCGACUCUAUGCGACGCCGUCUGGGUUAAAGUCGGUGAAAUGACACGGGACGGCGCCUACGACCUGAGUCUUCGUUACUGUGUAGAUCCGCAUCGCCCAAUAACCAGACAUGACUCAUUUCCCCUCGGUAUCAUUAGCAAGAAGAAUGGAGAUCGCAAUAUCAGCUAUGCAGAGCUGGCGAAAAUAAGCGAUACUGACUGGAAAAGGCCAAUUGAUCCGGGCGUCUUCCUUUUGUAUCCGCAGGGUUUUGCACUGCCUGAACUCAUCAAGAAUUACAGGGAGACCGGCUGUGUUCCUGAGGUGGGUAAAAUUUAUGCAUCAAAUGCAGUCUUUGAUACUGUUCGGAAAAUAAGGUAAAAGAUGAAAGAGAAUGUUGCAAAGUCCACUCAGUCUCGUUGUGCAUGCUAGCACACAGUACCUGGCUGAUUUUCUGUAAAAAGAAGAUUGGGCGAGCAGCAGAACAAUUGGUUUAUCUUUAUAAGCCAGCUAGUUUUGUGUGUACGCGAUCCGAGCAUACGCUCAAUCUGAUCUGUGUAGUAACAAGGGCAGUUUUCGCACAAAAUAUGUUCGACUACCCCAGAUUGCUCAACGGGAUUUAACCGGACAUUUGCUCCCAUAAACUUGCGGUACUUGGUGGCUUUGGGUCGGUGUGCGAUUCCAGCACAUAGUCUCGCUUUUGACGCCAGCGUACAGAGCCCUGGGCAGCCACCUCCAGGCAAGCGCCAUCGAUCGACGUUCGACUAACACACCCCCACAGUCGUUGCUCGUUCUGUCGCCACAACUACCUCUGACGAUGGACUUCUGCAGGGAUUCAAAACCUCAGAACAAUAAACAGACUGUCCGACCAGUCCUCCUUCUUUCCUAUAAAUAUAGCAGGAACUUAAAGUGCUAGCAGGUAUAAAAAGUAGACCGUCGUGACCGACGAUGUCCCCCGUGUGUUUCACAACAGGGACGGUAACUUGCGCGUGACCUAGCCUAAAGUGAUGGUAAACUUGCGCAGCAUCUACCUCAACCCCCUCUUUCUCCACCGCGACCCGGUGUCAAGACAGAGCCAAGGAGACAGGAGGCGGGAGCGGACGUAAGCCCGUGACGCAGCCGAACACCCGCAACUGGGUGCACCACUACACUCUCUGGUCCACAACGUACGCAGGAAUAAACAGGGGCUGGCUCGGCUUUUAAGGCACCUCGAUAUUCUCAAGCGCGUCAGAUUGUUUGUAGUAAGGGAUUAUGCGAUCAGGGGGUCGAUCUCACCCUCCCAGACACCAGGUCACUGUCCAAACCGGUCGGAUAUCUGACCUGGAAUAGGUGCAGUGGACGACAGAGCUAGACAGUCCGUCUACGCGCGCCCUACGCACGACCCGUUCUCCAUACCCACACGCACACACGAGGGGAACGAACCGCUCAGACGUCACACACACACACACAACGGGGAAGCCACCUGGAGAAAUGAGUCAAAUUGCACACUCCUCACCUACUUGAGAGGUGCCGGUGAUGUGUGAUCGGGUACAUUAAGAAUGACGUAGGGGUGCGCACCAAUCGCGUUAUGGAAUCCACUUGUCGCUUUGUUCUUUAGGGAUCCCUCUUGAGCCCGCCAGCAGCCGUACAGCUGCCGGCUACCCCUAGAGAAUCCACAGGACACCUAUUUAUUUCUGCUUUCAUAAUGCCUCCGAGCCCAAAACGCCUCUUUCUUGUACACUUUUAGCCUCCAUUAAAUAGCCCCACCAUACGGUUACUCAAAGUGAGCACUUCGGUUUGUCCACCGGAAGGAAUUAACGCUUCUGACCGCGAACACAUCCACGACCUCGUCGUCAUUGUGAAAUCAGCCGUCUACAACUUCGAGGACAGACAAAACUUUCGCAGAUUCUACGCCAAUCUGCGAAACGAGAGCGGCGCUAAGCUGCCUUAUCGCAUAGGAGUAGUGUUCGUGGUGGGCCUGCCAACAAGCGCAAGCAGCAAUUCCUUCCAACGCGAUGGUUUCAACAUCUCACUGCCCGGUCGCGCCGGGAACUCGCUCGUCAACAUUGUAAACCGCCGCGCCCAGAUUCGAACUCGCCUAGAGCAGGAGAUGCGUGAACACGAUGAUCUCAUCGUGGGCGACUUCGAGGACACCUACUAUAAUCUGUCUGUGAAGAUGCAUCACACAUUCGUGUGGGCGGCGAGGUUCUGUCGCGAACGUCCUGCCUUCAUGUUCCUCGAAGAUGACAUUGGUUUCAAUGAGAAGCGCCUCCAGGCCGUUCUGUUCAGUCUGCCGGUGGAUUGGCGGCGCAGAGUUUCCAUUUCGAGUACUCACUGGAAUAGUCCCACCGUGCGUCCUACCGAUUCUGCUGCAUAUCGGAAGUGGGCACUGUCGAAGCGGGAGGUUCCGUGGCCAGUGCAUGCGCCCUACAGCAACGGUUACUUUUACAUGCUUGGUUACGAUCACGUGGCGGAUCUGGCGUUGGCCAUGUCCUUCACCAAGAGCCUUCCCAUUGACGAUAUCUGGUUGGGUCUGGUGAUGCAUAGGAUUGGCCUCCAUUUCAACUUACCAACUGGGAUCACCAGCUCCAUGAAGCAUCAAGCCAAUGUCAGCGGGUAUAUUGUUUUACCCCUUAAUUCCCUCCUCAGUGCAUCGACGCAAAAGCAACUGUAG